AACCCUGGCCGGCGGCUCAGGAAGCGCCGUCCCCGCGCCCCCUCCCCCGGCCACGCCGCCGCGCUCGCUCCCUCCCUUCCUGCGCGCGCGGGGCGGCGACUCGGCGGGGACGGCGCGCAGGCCCGGCGGGCGGGCGGCCCAGGAGCCCGGCGAUGCUACUCAGGCAGUGAACACAGCAGGUGGCACUGUGGGGGCUGCCGGCCACCAGGGCUGGAGAGAGACAUGAGGACACGUGGCCUCUAUGGCUCCCGCCUGCCAGAUCCUCCACUGGGCCCUCGCCCUGGGGCUGGGCCUCACGUUCGAAGUCACGUACGCCUUCCAGUCUCAAGAUGAGUUCCUGUCCAGCCUGGAGAGCUAUGAGAUCGCCUUCCCCACACGCGUGGACCACAAUGGGGCACUGCUGGCCUUCUCGCCCCCGGUCCCCCGGAGGCAGCGUCGGGGCACGGGGCCUGCGGCGGAGUCCCGCCUCUUCUAUAAGGUGGCCGCACCCAGCACCCACUUCCUGCUGAACCUGACCCGUAGCCCUCGCCUUCUGGCAGGGCAUGUCUCCGUGGAGUACUGGACACGGGAGGGCCUGGCCUGGCAGAGGGCUGCCCGGCCCCACUGCCUCUAUGCUGGCCACCUGCAGGGCCAGGCUGGCAGCUCCCAUGUGGCUAUCAGCACCUGUGGGGGCCUGCAUGGCCUAAUUGUGGCAGAUGAGGAAGAAUACUUGAUUGAACCCCUGCAAGGUGGACCUAAGGGAGCCCAGGGCCCAGAGGAGAGCGGCCCCCAUGUAGUGUAUAAGCGAUCUUCUCUGCGUCACCCCCACCUGGACACAGCCUGUGGAGUGAGAGAUGAGAAACCAUGGAAGGGGCGGCCCUGGUGGCUGCGCACCUUGAAGCCACCUCCUGCCAGGCCUCUGCGGAAUGAAACGGAACGUGGCCAGCCAGGCCUGAAGCGCUCAGUCAGCCGAGAGCGCUACGUGGAGACCCUGGUGGUGGCAGACAAGAUGAUGGUGGCCUACCAUGGGCGCCGAGAUGUGGAACAGUAUGUGCUAGCCAUCAUGAACAUUGUUGCCAAACUUUUCCAGGACUCAAGUCUGGGAAACAUCGUUAAUAUCCUGGUAACACGCCUCAUCCUGCUCACGGAGGACCAGCCCACCCUGGAGAUCACCCACCAUGCCGGGAAGUCCCUGGACAGCUUCUGUAAGUGGCAGAAAUCCAUUGUGAACCACAGCGGCCAUGGCAAUGCCAUUCCGGAGAAUGGUGUGGCCAACCAUGACACAGCGGUGCUCAUCACGCGCUAUGACAUCUGCAUCUACAAGAACAAACCUUGUGGCACGCUAGGACUGGCCCCCGUGGGCGGGAUGUGCGAGCGAGAGAGAAGUUGCAGCAUUAAUGAGGACAUCGGCCUGGCCACAGCGUUCACCAUCGCCCAUGAGAUUGGCCACACGUUUGGCAUGAACCAUGAUGGCGUGGGGAACAGCUGCGGGGCCCGUGGCCAGGACCCAGCAAAGCUCAUGGCCGCCCACAUUACCAUGAAGACUAACCCGUUCGUGUGGUCAUCCUGCAGCCGUGACUACAUCACCAGCUUUCUGGACUUGGGCCUGGGGCUCUGCCUGAACAACCGGCCCCCCAGACAAGACUUCGUGUACCCAACGGUGGCACCCGGCCAGGCCUAUGACGCAGAUGAACAGUGCCGCUUCCAGCAUGGAGUCAAAUCGCGUCAGUGUAAAUACGGGGAGGUCUGCAGCGAGCUGUGGUGCCUGAGCAAGAGCAAUCGGUGCAUCACGAACAGCAUCCCAGCCGCCGAGGGCACGCUGUGCCAGACGCACACCAUCGACAAGGGGUGGUGCUACAAGCGGGUGUGUGUACCCUUCGGGUCGCGGCCGGAGGGCGUGGACGGGGCCUGGGGCCCGUGGACCCCGUGGGGCGACUGCAGCCGGACGUGCGGCGGCGGCGUGUCCUCCUCCAGCCGCCACUGCGACAGCCCCAGGCCAACGAUUGGUGGCAAGUACUGCCUGGGCGAAAGACGGCGGCACCGCUCCUGCAACACCGACGACUGUCCCCCAGGCUCCCAGGACUUCCGAGAAAUGCAGUGCUCGGAGUUUGACAGCGUCCCCUUCCGUGGAAAAUUCUACACGUGGAAGACCUACCGAGGAGGGGGCGUGAAGGCCUGCUCACUCACGUGCCUAGCAGACGGCUUCAACUUCUACACGGAGAGGGCGGCAGCCGUGGUGGACGGGACCCCAUGCCGCCCGGACACGGUGGACAUUUGUGUCAGCGGCGAGUGCAAGCACGUGGGCUGUGACCGGGUCCUGGGCUCUGACCUUCGAGAGGACAAGUGCCGAGUGUGUGGUGGUGACGGCAGUGCGUGUAGAACCAUCGAGGGGGUCUUCAGCCCAGCCUCACCCGGGGCGGGGUAUGAGGAAGUCGUCUGGAUCCCCAAAGGCUCCGUCCACAUCUUCAUCCAGGACCUGAACCUCUCCCUCAGUCACCUUGCCCUGAAGGGAGACCAGGAGUCCCUGCUGCUGGAGGGGCUGCCCGGGACUCCACAGCCCCACCGCCUGCCCCUGGCCGGGACCACCUUUCAGCUGCGACAGGGGCCGGAUCAUUCGCAGAGCCUAGAAGCCCUGGGACCCAUUAAUGCGUCUCUCGUCGUCAUGGUACUGUCCCAGACAGAGCUGCCCGCCGUCCGCUUCCGCUUCAACGCGCCCAUCGCCCGUGAGGCGCUGCCUCCCUACUCCUGGCACUACGCGCCCUGGACCAAGUGCUCGGCCCAGUGUGCGGGCGGCAGCCAGGUGCAGGCCGUGGAGUGCCGCAGUCAGUCGAGCAGCUCGGCCGUAGCGCCCCACCACUGCAGCGCCCACAGCAAGCUGCCCAGGAGACAGCGAGCCUGCAACACGGAGCCCUGCCCGCCUGACUGGGUGGUGGGGAACUGGUCGCGCUGCAGCCGCAGCUGUGACGCGGGCGUGCGCAGCCGCUCUGUCGUGUGCCAGCGUCGCGUGUCGGCCGCCGAGGAGAAGGCGCUGGACGACAGCGCGUGCCGGCAGCCGCGCCCGCCGGUCCUGGAAGCCUGCCACGGCCCCGCCUGCCCGCCCGAGUGGGCCGCCCUCGACUGGUCCGAGUGCACCCCCAGCUGUGGGCCCGGCCUCCGCCAUCGCAUCGUCCUGUGCAAGAGCUCCGACCACCGCGCCACGCUGCCCCCGGGGCACUGCCCGCCCGCAGCCAAGCCGCCCGCCACCAUGCGCUGCAACUUGCGCCGCUGCCCCCCGGCUCGCUGGGUGGCGGGCGAGUGGGGCGAGUGUUCCGCGCAGUGCGGCUUCGGGCAGCAACAGCGCACGGUGCGCUGCUCCGGCCACACCGGCCAGCCGUCGCGCGAGUGCGCCGAGGCUCUGCGGCCGCCCGCCACGCAGCAGUGCGAGGCCAAGUGCGACAGCGCGCCCCCUGGGGACGGCCCGGAAGAGUGCAAGGACGUGAACAAGGUCGCCUACUGCCCCCUGGUGCUCAAAUUCCAGUUCUGCAGCCGAGCCUACUUCCGCCAGAUGUGCUGCAAAACAUGCCAGGGCCGCUAGGGGGCGCGCAGUGCCCCCGGAAUCACAGCUGGGCGCCGGCUGGGGGGCGGGGUGCCCCGGCCUGCCGCCCGCCAGGCUUCAGGAGUCGAGCGGGCGGGAGCUGGCAGUAAAGGGUGAGAUGGA